UUGUUCCUUUUUUAUUUUCAUCUUUUGCUUUGUCAUGCUUUCUAUAUUAUUUGCUUUGUUAUGCUUUUUCUUGAGCUAAGGUCUAUCAAAAACAACUUUUCUAUCUCCCAAGGUAGGGGUAAAGUUUGCGUAUACUCUACCUUUUCUAGAUUUCACUUGUGGGAUUACACUGGUUAUGUUGUUGUUCUUGUUGUUGUUGUUUGGCAGUGGAAUAUACAUAGAAGACAUAAUACUUCAAUGAAUAUUCAAACUUGGCCUCAACUGACAAGUAACCACUCCAACUUUGAGAGUGCUUCCUUCCUUGUGGUCCGGCCCUUUCCCGGACCCUGAGCAUAGCGGGAGCUUUAGUGCACUGGGUUGCCCUUUUGUCAGAUUGUUUUAAAUGAUUUGGUUUCUUACGGCGUUCUUAUAUAAUCUCCCUGUUUCAGCCUUGGAGCAUAUUGGAGGUAUGGGAUGGACUUCGUAGGCUGCCUAAGAGACUGAAAUGGAUAUGCAAAAGUAUCUCUUUUUUUAGCAACAUGAUGAAGAUUAGGAAAUUGUUGCGGAAAAUAAUUGCUUUUCUGUUGUUCAGAAUUGACUGGAAGAAGCUGUUUUUCAUUGGUGCUAUUUUGACAGUAUUUAGGGUAAUGUUUCAAAUUUCUACACUUCCUUAUCCUCUUACAGAAUGGAUUCUCUUUCCACCAUCGGAGAUUUCAUCUUCCCGAAAUUUGAAUCAUGAAAAGAACUUAAGGGAACUUCCAGUGAGUCCGGAUAACCGGUAUAGUCAUAGUCAGCAUGCCCCCGUAGUUGUUUCACUCAAUUCUACAGGCGGACUGAGUCAAAGAAUGCAAGUUCUGCAAAGACAAGAGCAAGUUUCGAGACAGUGGAAACGUAGGAAGCAUGUGAAUGCAGUAGAUAAAGUUAUUUUCCCCUCUUCACCUGUUAGAAACGUGUCCAACCAUAUGCUGAGAUACAUAGCAUCUUUGCCUCCAGAUGAGGCACUUGCAUAUGCCAAACGAGAGAUUGAGAAUGCCCCACUAGUUACGGAUGAUCAGGACUUGUAUACUCCUCUAUUCAGGAAUGUAUCCGUCUUUAAGAGGAGCUAUGAGUUGAUGGAGCUUAUACUCAAAGUUUACAUCUACAAAGAAGGGAAAAGGCCGAUUUUUCAUCAACCUUAUCUUAGAGGAAUUUAUUCAUCCGAGGGAUGGUUCAUGAAGCUAAUGGAGGAUAGUCGCCAGUUUGUGACUAGGGAUCCACAAAAGGCUCACCUGUUCUAUCUGCCAUAUAGCGCACGUCAGUUACAAAGGGCACGAUAUGUGCCGAACUCACAUAAUCUUAAGCCGUUGUCAGUGUUCCUGCAGAACUACGUGAACAUGCUAGCUGCAAAGUAUCCUUUCUGGAACCGCACACGUGGUUCAGAUCACUUUCUUGUUGCUUGCCAUGAUUGGGGACCUUAUAUUCUAAAGGAUCAUGAGGAACUGAGUAGAAACACUAUAAAAGCUCUCUGCAAUGCAGAUAUAUCUGAAGGAAUAUUUGUUGCUGGGAAGGAUGUUUCCCUUCCUGAGACCACUAUAAGGAAUCCCAGGCGGCCUCUUAGAAACCUCGGUGGAAAGAGAGUGUCGCAACGCCCGAUUCUUGCCUUUUUCGCUGGAAAUAUGCACGGUCCGGUACGUCCCAAACUCCUCAAAUAUUGGAGGGACAAAGAUGAAUCCAUAAGAAUUUACGCUCUUCUACCCCAUAGAGUCUCAAAAGUUAUGUCUUAUCCCGAACACAUGAAAUCAAGCAAGUACUGCCUUUGUCCGAUGGGUUAUGAAGUGAACAGCCCAAGGAUCGUUGAGGCAAUAUAUUAUGAGUGUGUUCCGGUUAUCAUCGCAGAUAAUUUCGUCCUUCCGUUUAGUGAAGUACUUAACUGGACUGAUUUUUCUGUGGUUGUUUCUGAGAAAGAUAUUCCUAGGCUAAAAGAGAUUUUAUUAAGUAUACCUCUGAGACGUUACCAGGCCAUGCAAAAUAAUGUCAAGAUGUUACAGAAGCAUUUUAUUUGGAACUCAACACCGACUAGAUAUGAUCUGUUCCAUAUGAUUUUACAUUCAAUUUGGGUUAGCAGGCUCAACCAACUUCAAGUAUCGCAGAUAUCAUAAUUCCUCGAGUUCUAGUUGUUCCAACCUGACGGUCUGUAUGACCUUAAGAGCUUAUCUAUUUGGAUGUUGAUAUGCAAAACUUUUCAAGAGCUGCAGCCGGUCCAUUUCUCUUAACUUGUGCACUUGGAAUGAUCUCAUCGAAUGCUUCUGCCACUUUGCUAGAAAAACAAAACUAGCUGGCUGUAGAAGGAUGCCAUUCUAUAAAGGAAUUUAGUCAGAGAGAGUACCUCCAUUCCAUGAAUCGAUGACACAAUUUCUGAUGGCAGAAACUGCUUUUGUACUUCGACAGAAAGAGUUGCCUGCAGAAGACUAACUCGAAAAGAACGGCGGAGAAGAAUGAGGGAGAGAUAAUGGAACAUUUUCCACAUUCGACAACACUCCUUUGUCUUGGAUGUUAUGUCUUCACAGAUGAGUUGUGAUUGAGAGUUAAACUGAGCUUUGACAGUUGAUACUGAGGUACAUGCUAACUUUCUGUAUGUGACCAGAGGCGAUAACAUAGAGCUGGAGAAUGAGUCUGAUCUUAGUUUUAUGGAUGCAUUAAUUUUCUCUCUUUGCUUAUGUAUGCAUAGUUCGAGUCAAAAACAGUGGGUUCAGUUGAGCUCAUUCAUGUAUCAUGUAUAUCAACAGAACUGUAUAGAAUACUACAUAUAGGUCAUGCAAUGUGCCUUAGAUAACAUUGAAUACACUUGCAUUUCAGAGAGAAGAUUUCUGAUUUUCUAAUAUACUGGGAAAAAAAGUAUUAUUUUUGCCUUUUUGUAUUAACUACAGAUUGGUUUCAUACAAGAAUAUUUUUUGUUGUGUCA